AUGGAGAGUCGAACUGGUGUUACAGACAAACAACCAAAAUUUCAGCAAUCCAGUUCCGACCCCGUCUCCCACUUGUCUCUGUCGAGCUCUGAGGAUCCGCUGCAAUGGCCUAAGUGGAAGAAAUGGCCUCGCACAAUGAUUGUCAUUUCAAUGUCUUUAACAUUGGCCUACUACUCUGGAGUCUAUGCUGCGGCCAUUCCGUUCGUCAUGGCCGAUUACCAUUGUUCUAACCUGGUGGCCACCUCUGGCAUUUCCUGGUUUCUCCUCGGCUUUGCUUGUGGUCCGCUGGUCUUCGCUCCUCUUUCCGAGAUGUUCGGUCGCAAUCCCAUCAUUCUAGUCACUCUGCUGCUUUUCAUUCUUUCCAAUAUUGGAUCUGCUUUGGCACCGAACGUUGUAUGCCAUCUUAUCUUUCGGUACAUUGCGGGCUUUUGUGGGGCUCCGACAGUGACAAAUGCUGGGGGUUCACUCACCGAUAUGUGGCCAGCGACAGAACGCUCAGUGCCCUGGGCCAUUUUCUCAGCCGCCAGCUUCCUGACCGUAAUCAUCGGCCCGAUCAUUGGAGAUGCGAUUGUUCAAUACUUACCCUGGCAAUGGACGUAUUGGACCUCAAUGGCCUUGGGCGGAACCGUCUAUCUCGCUGCUCUCCUCUUCCUCCCCGAGACAUAUCGUCCAAAAUUAUUGUCUCAAAAAGCAGCCCGGCAGGGCUUGGUGCUCGAACAGAUCGAUCUGCGAAACCGGUACCGCGAGGGUCUCACACGUCCAUGGAUCAUGCUGUUCACAGAACCCAUCGUAUGGGGUCUCACCCUUUAUAUGUCCUUUGUGUAUGGCGUCUUGACCCUCAGCCUCGUCGCCUACCCCAUCGUCUACACUGACAUCUGGGGCUGGUCUACCCUCAAGACGAGUCUGGGCUAUAGCGGCAUCGCCGGCGGCAUGGCUCUAGCGACGAUCUUUUCACCCUUCCUAGGUGCCAUCCAUCGCUCCUACGUGCGAAAAAUCGGACCCGUCCCCGAAGCCCGCUUCCCCUUGCAAAUCUGGUUCUCGUGGCUUCUCCCAAUCGGGCUGUUUUGGUUUGCGUGGACGGCAUUACCGCCCAAAAACCCCGUGGUGGGCAUCGUAGCCGGUGUGCCGAUCGGUAUCGGCUCACUGUCCGUAUUUCUGGAUGUGUACGCCUAUCUGACUGAUUGUUAUGGUAAAUACUCUGCCAGUGCGAUGGCCGCCAAUGGCGUACUUCUUCGCUUGUUCGGAGCCGGAUUCCCUCUUUUCGCGGACUCCCUCUACCGGGUCCUGGGCGUAGGCUGGGGUACUAGUUUACUCGGGUUUGUAGCCCUGGCGUUAGCACCUCUACCCUGGCUUUUCUAUCGAUAUGGGCCCAUCUUGCGAAAGAAGAGUGCAUACCAUAGCAAGUUGGCCAGUGAGCUUGAGUAA